UCUCAGUCUCUCUCCCUCUCUCUCUCUCUCUUCUCUCACUUUGUGCAAACUCCGCGGCGUAGAUCCGAGGAGUUUCUGAGACCCAGCUGCAAGAAAACCCUAGCUCUUAAUCUCUGCUUCCCUAAAUCUCUAGAUCCUAAUUCCAUCUUCACUGAAAUCAAUCAUGGCGGGAAUGGCACCAGAAGGCUCUCAGUUUGAUGCACGUCAGUUUGAUGCUAAAAUGAAUGAGAUCCUGGAAACUGAUGCACAGGAGUUCUUUACAUCUUAUGAUGAGGUAUAUGACAGCUUUGAUUCAAUGGGUUUGCAAGAAAACCUUCUCAGGGGCAUUUAUGCUUAUGGUUUUGAGAAGCCCUCUGCAAUUCAGCAACGUGGUAUUGUGCCUUUCUGCAAGGGGCUUGAUGUUAUUCAACAAGCUCAAUCUGGAACUGGAAAGACUGCAACUUUCUGCUCUGGAAUUCUCCAACAGCUCGAUUACAGCUUAGUUGAAUGCCAGGCUUUGGUUCUUGCACCAACACGUGAGCUUGCUCAACAAAUCGAGAAGGUUAUGAGAGCACUUGGUGACUAUCUUGGUGUCAAGGUUCAUGCUUGUGUGGGAGGCACCAGUGUUCGUGAGGAUCAGCGCAUUCUCCAGAGUGGCGUUCAUGUUGUGGUUGGAACUCCGGGGCGUGUGUUUGACAUGUUGCGCAGGCAGUCCCUUCGCCCCGACAACAUCAAGAUGUUUGUGUUGGAUGAAGCUGAUGAAAUGCUGUCGAGAGGUUUUAAAGAUCAGAUCUAUGACAUUUUCCAAUUGCUACCACCAAAGAUCCAAGUUGGUGUUUUCUCUGCCACAAUGCCACCAGAGGCACUUGAAAUCACUAGGAAAUUCAUGAACAAACCCGUUAGGAUUCUCGUGAAGCGUGAUGAGCUUACCUUGGAAGGUAUCAAGCAGUUCUAUGUGAAUGUUGAGAAAGAGGAAUGGAAGCUCGAAACGCUUUGUGAUCUUUACGAGACGCUAGCCAUUACCCAGAGUGUCAUCUUCGUAAACACCAGGCGUAAGGUCGAUUGGCUCACUGACAAGAUGCGCGGCCGUGAUCACACUGUUUCGGCGACUCACGGAGACAUGGACCAGAACACCAGGGACAUCAUCAUGCGGGAGUUCCGUUCUGGGUCUUCCAGAGUUCUAAUCACCACUGAUCUCUUGGCCCGUGGUAUCGAUGUUCAACAAGUGUCCCUUGUUAUCAACUAUGACCUACCGACUCAGCCGGAGAACUACCUCCACCGUAUCGGGCGUAGUGGACGAUUCGGGAGGAAGGGUGUCGCGAUCAACUUCGUUACAAAGGAUGACGACAGAAUGCUUUUUGACAUACAGAAGUUUUAUAAUGUUGUAGUUGAGGAGCUGCCGGCUAAUGUUGCAGAUCUCCUGUAAUGUGGGUUUUUGCUCGAGAGAAAAAGGUGAAUGGGGUUCCUCCUUACAUGAAUUAAUUCACAAUAUCUUAUUUCGGUAGGUAAUUUGGAUGUGUAGUGAACUUGCAAUUGGGAAGACGAUGGUAGGUUGGUCCUGGAACUUGCGAAAUUGGGGAAUUGCAGUUUUCCCAGUUUGGUCAUAGAGUUUGAAUCUGCUAUUGCAAAUUUUGUUGGUUUUUGUCUUUGUGCUUUUCUUAAAUUGUCCAAAACAACUGCAGUACUGAAUGUUGUUUAAAUUAAUGACUUCAUUGGUUUUUUACU